AGAUUUCAUCAGCAUCGUGAAAUACUUAUAAGUGCUGAAUUUCAUGAAAAUACGUUCAGUAGUUUCCCGUAUAAAUAUGGGUGAGGUUCCUCGUGAAAGACCCUGUAUAAAUAUAUCAAUUAAAUAUCGACAGAUAUUUAACAAGUGGCGACGAGGAUAUUGGAAAUUAAAAUUUACCGAGAUUCUCGAUAAAUCAAUCAAGAAUGUCGACUUCAGAUCAGCCAUCUGAACAUGUGGUCGGUCAUUGAAAGCAAAUAAACUUUAUUAUUAUUAUUAUUUACGUGAAUUCGAUGUUAAUUUAAAUGACUGGACAGUUUUUCGUUUUCGAUUGACGAAUUAUUUCGAGGCGAAUAAUAUCAAAGAUGUCUGUAGAAGAAGGGCUAUAUUUUUAAACUCCCUGUCGGAGGAUUCCUAUAGAUUGAUAUUCAACCUAUGUAUCCCAAAGACGCCGGAAAAACUAGGUUAUGAAGAACUAGUGAAGCUAUUUGAUGGACAUUUCGGCGGGCAGAGAAGUAUAUUCGGUGAAAGAAGAAAAUUUUAUGAAGCUUAAAGUGGACCUCAUGAAACUAUCAAAGAUUGGGCAGCGAGAGUCAGAUCUUUGGCCGUCCAUUAUGAUUUUGGCGGAGAACUUCAAAUUUGUCUUCGUUAUCGUUUCAUAAUGGGUCUACCUAGUGGACAAAUAGGGGAUCGUCUGUUCGAAUCAGACAAUUUGUUGACAUUUGCUGAAGCAGUCAAGAUAGCGAAAAGCAGAGAAGCGGCAGUAGGAAAAUCCGGAAAAUCACCACCAUUUCCGCUCAAGAAAGAAGCCCAGGAAUUGUUUCAAGUACGCAGUCGUAGUCAGGUGAAACCAGCGAAUCAAAAAGAAGCUAGUGGGUCACGUGCGGUUUGCUGCGCUGUUUGUGGUCGUAAGAAUCACGAAGCUUAUAGGUGUCAAUUUCGCGAGUGUUUGUGCCACAUCUGUGGUAAACCAGGGCAUUUAGCUCCAAUGUGUUAUUCCAAGAAAAAUAACAAUUCUUUUUCGAAUUCCAAUUCAAAUAAUUGGAGGAAUAGGAAGUCUGGUAACAAAUUUAAAAAUUGUAAUAAUUUUAUUGAAAAAUUGAAUUCUGAAGAAUUAUAUUCAAUGAGUCACCUUAAAGAAAAUGAAAAGGUUAAUCCAAUUUCUGUUCAACUUCAAAUUUUAGGUAGAACAUUUUCUUUUCAAUUAGAUACUGGAGCUGCAGUUUCUGCAGUCUCUGAUAUAUUUUAUUUUGAGUAUUUUCGUAAUUUUGAAUUGAUUAAAACUAGUACCAUUCUUUCUCUUUAUACUGGUCAAAAAUUUAAGCCAAUGGGCUGUAUCAUUCUUCCUGUAAACUUUGGAGGAGUAGAUUCUAGAUUGACCAUUUAUGUAAUUGAGAAUGGAGGUCCACCAAUUUUAGGAAGGAAUUUUUUGAAUGCAUUUGAUAGUUUAUUUCAUUUCAGCACUGAAUUUUUUCCAGAAGUUGUACAGCUUUUUGAUGAGUAUCCUGAAUUAUUUUCUUCUGGCUUGGGAACCUUCAAUAAGGGUAAAGCUAAGUUAUUACUGAAAAACCCAGAGUCGGUACAUCCAAAAUUCAUCAAGGCUCGUGCAGUGCCUUAUGCUUUACGAGAAGGAAAGGCGAUGGAAUUGGUCCAAUGAAUGCGAAAUUUCAUUUGAGCAAGUCAAAAAGAGUUUGACAGCAGUGGCAGCUCGUGAGCUUUCAUUCAGAGGUGGCCAAGCAAAAAAAAUAGGUAUACCACUAGUGUAUCUACUUAGCCAGCGAAAUACAUACCCAAGUGCAAGAAUGAAUAAGUAUAUAGUUUUGGUAAUGAAAAUUUUGCCAUCGUAAGGCAUUUGGCUGAACUUUUUAAUCAAAAUAAAAUCUACAAUAUCUUCAGUAACUCUGAGUUCCCUACUGACACUAUCAUUUUCAUUUCUAGUUUCCGACGUUUCCGUUUCCAUUUUUCUCGAUAAAAUAUAUCUGAAUAGCCAGCCAAUAUCCUUCCUUACCUACAAACUUUGCCGAACAAUCCUAACACGAAACCACAAUGCACACGCCGAAAGGAAUAAAAAGUUCUGACCUAUCUUUAUCUUUCCCUAAUUCUGGCGCUAAUAAACAGAAACAGCUGAUAUAGACCCAUCGUUAAUCGCCGUGGAUCAUGUUCGGGUUAAACGAAUAUAUAUGCUCCGGUCAACGGAGACCGGGCCUCCGUCACGUGGUAUCCAGCUCGCAUUUGGAGUGGCCGGAGCUUCGUAUCGGGAGAAAUUUGAAAUUCUACGUUCAAGACAAACGCGACUAGAGAGGAAUUGGGCCUCCGCGACCCGCGUCUGGAGUCUGCUGUAUUCUUUAGCGCAUCGCAUGCCUGUAGUACGGUGCAGCGGUGCGCAAUCUUCUCAGAUUUGAAGUCUGUUGCGGAGAAUGUAUAAAUAUGAUGAAAUAUUGGGGUAAAAAGUAUCCAGAAAUUUGAAUAUUCUAUUGAUUUAGGUUACCAUAAUAUAGUUGGACUUGAACUAAGAAUUAAAUAUAAUGCGGUAAAAUUUUGGGAGGCCCGGCCUCCUCUGCCUCCUCUGAGCGGCCGCCACUGUUUGACAGGUAAUAAUCUUCUUGUAUCGUAUGAUCCUAAUUUACCUUUAAAAUUAACAGUAGACGCUUCUGAAUACGGUUUGGGGGCGGUUUUGAGUCACGUAAUGCAAGAUGGUUCAGAUAGACCUUUAGCUUAUGCCUCAAGAGUUCUUAAAACAGCAGAAAAGCGUUAUGCUCAAAUAGAGAGAGAGGGUUUGGCGAUUAUUUUCGGUUUGAGUAAAUUUAAUCAGGAUUUGUACGGAAAUCAUUUUUAUCUAGAAACUGAUAAUAAAGCUUUAACCUAUGUUUUCAACCCUUCUAAGGGUAUUCCAGAGUUUUCAGCGAAUCGAGUUAGACGCUGGGCUACCAUUCUUGCUAACUAUAAUUAUCAAAUCUCUUAUGUCAAGUCUUCUUUGAAUAAAGCAGAUUUUUUAUCUCGACUACCGGUCGAUAAUCCUGAUGAAAAUUGGGCGGAUGUCGAUCCAAAUUAUAUUUAUUAUUUUUCUAAUGUGACUAAACAAGAUAAAAUUUUAUCGAAAAUAUUGAAUUUUGUGAAAGACGGUCGUUGGCCAAGUUAUGCAUAUAAGGAAAAUGAUUACAAAUAUUUUGCUUCUAAGCGAUUUGAGUUAUCAAUUGAGAGUAACGCUCUUUUAUGGAAUCAUAGAGUUAUAGUUCCUACGAAACUAAGAUCGAAAUUGUUGAAUAAGUUACAUGAAAGUCACUUAGGUAUAGUUAAAAUGAAAUCAACUGCCAGAUCAUAUUUUUGGUGGCCAAAAAUCGAUAGAGACAUUGAAAAUUAUAUUAAAAAUUGUGAAUCCUGUAAAAUGAAUCAACCUAAUCCACCGAGGUCGGUACUAAGUCCUUGGCCAUGGCCAGAAAAACCUUGGCAACGUAUUCAUUUAGAUUUCGCUGGACCACUUAGAAAUACUAUGUAUUUGAUUAUUGUUGACGCCCAUUCAAAAUGGUUGGAAGUUUUAACUAUGAAAAGUACCACUUCAGAAAUGACUAGAGAAACUUUCGCGAGAUUCGGUUUACCGGAAGUUGUUGUGUCUGAUCAAGGUACUCAAUUCAAAUCCAAUCAAUUUCAGACAUUUUUGGCAAAAAAUGGGAUUAUAUAUAUCGACGGACCUGCUCGGCAUGCACAAUCAAAUGGUCAAGCUGAGUCCUCAGUUAAAGUGAUCAAAACUGCGCUAAAGAAAUUAAUCCAAGAUAAUUUCAACGAUACAGACUAUGCUUUGUCUAAAUUUUUAUUUGAUUAUCGAAAUUCAAUUCAUUCCACGACUGGAGUAACACCUUCAGAAUUGAUGUUUCGACACAAAAUUCGAAGUCAAUUCAGAUCGAUAUUACCACCUUGUUCACCUGUAGUGAAAGAAAAAGUUAAAUGUUCACAAUUGAAACAAAAGUCAUGUUUCAAGGGACAAAGAACGGUAUGCUUUGUCCCAGGGGAGAGAGUUCUUGUCAGGAAAUUUAGUGAGAAAUGAGAGUAUUGGGAAAAAGGUACAAUAAGAAGUAGAAUAAGUAAAUCCAUGUUCUUAGUAUGGGUUCCAAGUAGAAAUUGUGUACUGAAAAAGCACGUUGAUCAAUUGCGUAAAGAUCAUUUAGAUUUGUCAUUACCACUUGAAAACGAAGUUCCCAAGACAGAAGAAACUAAUAUUAGUGUAGAAACACAAACAGGUAUUGUAAAAAAUGAAACUGUUGACGAAGAACCUUUAACUCUUAGGAGAACUAAAAGAAUUGUUGAACCACCUGAAAGAUUUGGAUUGUAAAUUUAUAUCCUAUGUAUUAUAUUAUAAAUAAAGAAAUUGUAAUAUAGGGAUUAAAAUUAGUGCCAUUAUGUUUUGAAUUGUCUGGGGGGGAAUGUUACAUAUUAUAUCCAUAGCAACGGCAAUUGCGCAUAUGUGAUAUGUGCCGAUGUGCAGUUUAGUUGUAACAGAGUUCAGUUGAAUAAUAAACGGAUUUAAGAGAA